GUGGCCAUGCCACGCCCCAUUUCCAGUUGAUAAGAUAGUGGAGUCCGGGGCAGAUGAAAUGGAGCGCUACUGAAGGCUCAACUUGCUGCAAGGAGCGAAGUGGCGCCCGAACAGGAAUCUAAAUACCCAGGUGCCAACUGUCAGGCAUCACAAACUCAUCAGUCAGUGGGUAAAUUGGAAAUAUUUCAUUCAAUACGGAGAGUGCAGUAUAUUUCUUAGCAAUGGAGCUCUCUCAACUGGAUGACCAAUACAACUGGCGCAGGUCCAUCUUUGGAAUGCACGAAGAAUCAUUCGGAAAGUCGUGGAGCUACAACUUUCGCAUGCCCAGCGAUCCUGUCCAGCUCUUCCAGUGGAUCAUGUCCUUGGAUCUGCCCAUGCUGGAGGAUGAGACACCGCCGCCGAGCUUUUAUUUUGACUUGCUGGAGACCAAGGAUGUGGAACUCGACCGCAGUGUCCACAGUGGCAAGCUGCUCGUAACCCUCGGUAGUCAGACAACAGAUGGCGAGGAGCCGCAGCUAGAAGUUUCCGAGGAGGAAGUUCCUAAGGAGGAGGAUCUCAAGGCAGAACCAUUGCCUUCUCCUGAUAUCAUGAUGAUAUCAGAACAACCCAAUUCUGAGGAUACAAUACCAUCUGAGUUCGGAGUUACCUUUUGCUCCCUUCCCCUGAUGGUGGAAAUGGGAACUGGAACGGAUGAACCAGAUGUUCCCAGGUUUGUGGAAAGGGGCGCUGGUUCCGAUGAAGAUUUCGCCCCGGAGGCUAUACCAUCGUCCACUGAGGACCCACAUCCACCGAACCCUCGAUCGCUUGGGUUCUUCGUGAAGAACGCGGUCAUCGCGAUCUCUGUGCUUCACACCCUAUAUGUUCUGUCCAAGAUCGCCUUCGGAACCUCCAUUGCCCAGGGUUGGGAGUCGUGGUCCGGGAUCUCUCCUCCGCCGCCGCAGAUCGAGGAGACUUCUGUGCCCACCUGCAUUUGGGAACAUGUGGCCUCCAAGCUGGCGGAGCUGCGAAGUCGAUUCUCCUAAGUCCGCUCCUGGAAUCGCCGAUGCUAUUUAUAAACCCAACUAUUUUUACCCCUCCAGAGGCAGAGCUAUGGAUCCAUUACAUUUACAGUUCCCAGUUCCAGUCGAUUCCGUUGCCUCUAUCUGUUGUUGUUUUUCUCAUUAUUGGAUGUUACUCGUAAUCUCCAGCGGAGUGCCCGAAAAUACGGAUUGCGGAUCGCUGUUGUUGUGUACUCAAGACGACAGCAACAGCGACAAGCGAUAAGCCUCGGGACCUACACGAAUCUCGGUCAAUAGCUCACCGAUCCGAUCCAUAGCCAAAUAAAUA